AUGAGCUCACGUCACAUUGGUUUCUUGCUUAUCGUCAGCACAUAUUUCGCGGGGGCAUGCUCGAGAUACACAAACGGGGAAAAAGAUAAUUUAAUGAAGGUAUGUGGACGACGUGGAAUACAGGAUACAGUUUCUGAACGAAUUAUUAACGGCACAAAUGCAACUCCGGGCCACUGGCCGUGGAUGGUGGGGCUGUACACUAAGGAAGAUCAAUUCCAUUGUGGUGGCGUUUUACUUAGCAACCAGUAUGUCUUAACUGCUGCUCAUUGCUAUGGAUCCGAGAACACUACAGACUUCCUUUCUGUUCGCCUGGGAAGUACGAAAAAAACCAAUUAUACCGUACAUUGUCAACAAAACACAGAGAACUAUCUAGAAAGAAGUGAUACAAGAGCCGUCCAUGAGGAUCUGGAAGGCCAGGUCAUUUGCAUGGAAGUCGAUCACGUCUGUGUACCCCUUCAGGACAACUGUACCCUUUUCAUGAGGGACCUUGCAAUAUUGAAGUUAAGAAAUCCUGUCAAUUUUACAAAGUACAUUCAGCCAAUCUGCCUUCCUCAACACUGCGAGGAACCACCUUCAAGUGUCGACAUGUAUGCUGUUGGCUGGGGCAGAGUUUAUGAUUAUGAAAGUUUUUCCGACGAGACGGAUAAACCAUUAAACGAAGGAGACGAAGACGUGAAAGAUUCCGCGGGUUAUGAGAGUUCAGCAGAAAACACGAACGAUGCGUCAACGUCGGAAGCAGAGGGCGUUUUGGUAUAUUCGGACCCAGAAACCUUGAUGGAAAGAAAUAUAUCCUUAAUUACUCACGAACAAUGCGAACGACAACUUGCCACAACUGUUCCGAAAUACGCCCUAUGCUCCCAUGGGGGAAUAUGUUAUGGAGACAGCGGAGGACCCAUGAUGUACCAAAAAGAAGGGCAGUGGUUUCUUGCUGCCAUUAAUUCUGUUGUAGGCGGUGGCUGCUAUAACCCCACUCGGCCAGCGAUACAUGUUAAAGUGUCACACUUUACUGAGAACUUUAUUUUACCCUUGAUACUGCAAUAUUCGGAGUCAAAAUCAGCGAAACCUAACUUAUGUAUCGCGGACGAGGUUCGAAAGCAAUGUGUGAUUUCCUUUUAUAACUCUUACAACAUGUCGAUAGAGGAUUCAGGAGAAGACGAGGAAAUCAGUGAAUAA